CGUCACUCAAUAUUAGAUAUGUUAUGUCGACAUGAUGUAACAAACAUCAACCCUAUAAAUGUUAACAACCGCACACCAUUACAUUAUGCUGAAUUGUAUGGUCACAUCUCAUGUGUGGACGUUUUGUUGCGUCAUAAAAAUAUUGAUGUGAUGAUCAAAGAUAAUCAUGGAGGAACAGCUUAUGAUUGUGCUGGAGGGAGGUUGAAAAAACAAAACUGGGAAAUAAUAAGACGAAAAUUAAAAGAAUACGAAAUUUGAAGAACAUAACUAUUUUGGAAACAAGGCUACUUUCAGAAGGCUCCUCUAUAUGAAGAGUGUGACCGUAACAUCGCGCUCACAAUUGGCAAUGGCAAACCAACUUUAAAGAUUAAUUCAGUAUUCUCACCACAAGAGCAUCUAAUCACAAAAAUAAAUCAGCAAAAAUUUGUUUUAAAUUUUUCUUUCAAUGGCAUAAUUGACUGGCAUAACUGUAAGGUUUGCCUUUAAUAUUUUCUGAGCCUGAGCUUAUGGGCGUUUCUGAAAAUGGGUAAAUUCUGGAAUAUAAGAAAGUAUGAUGAUAACAAAACAUUUAUUUGGUUAAAUUUCAUCGAACCAGCCCAAAACCAUAUCAGACCAAAUGUCAAGUCAAUAGGUUAAUAUUGGAGUAUGGAACUUUUAAGUAAAAGGACACUAUAAUACCCGGUUUAGCCUUAUUUUGUGGAUUUCUUAUGUUCACUGCUUUGUAAUUAGUAUUAAAAGUCAUGAGAUAAUAUAUGUUUGAUAUCUA